CCAAUGACUUAUGAAGCUCCUCAUCUGAAGAUAUGCGAGGGUGACAUAAACCCUAUUGUUUUGGUCGUUGGAGAUCCCUUUCGCGCUGAGGUUUUGGCUACAAAGUUCUGUGAUACCUUCAAGGAGCUCUCCUUCAAUCGUGAAUAUCGCUCCUACAACGUCGAGUUCGAGGGUGUGAAGCUGAGCAUUUGUUCCCACGGAAUCGGGGGACCAGGUGCUAUGAUAUGCUUUGAAGAGCUUAUCAAAUGUGGUGCCAAAGUUAUCUUGAGAUUGGGAACAUGUGGCUCUCUCAAGCCCGAUACGAUCAAGACUGGUGACCUUGUUGUUAGUACCGGUGCUUGUCGUGAAGAUGGUGUUACUCAAUAUCUGGUUCCAACCUAUUUUCCUGCCAUCGCUGAUAGCGAGAUUUGCUUGGCUCUACGCGAUGCCGCCAAGAAUAUGGGGGUCCACAACUGUCACACAGGUAUAACAUUGAGUUCCGCCCUAUUCUAUGCCGGUCCUUGUGAAGAGACUUCCUGGGUCAAGAACGCCACAGCUGGAGCCUUGGCGAUUGAGAUGGAGAAUUCUCCCUUGUUCACGAUCGCUUCGUUGAGAUCGAUCCGCGCGGCUGCUAUUGGUACUGUGGACGGAUCCCCGUUGAGGUGGGACCAAGGUGACUAUGAUCCACAUGGCGAAGUGUGUCGCAAAGGCAAAGAGAGCAUGUACGUUAUCGGAUUAUCCGUCGCUAAGAGAGUAGCUCAGGGUGAGAUUUAAGUGGAAUGCACUCUAAGUGCAAACAAUCGGGCUGUGGGGGUGAUCUCGCAUCUUCGUUUUUGGUAUUAUAAUUAUAUAUCUAUUGAGAUAUGCAAGGCACUUGACGUUUUGCGGUUAAUGGUUUGUGCGCUAUGAGCAAGUGCAUGUCCAUUCUACGCUCCUCGAAGAUUCGUCUUCU